GGGUAGGGAGAAGGAAGUGAACCCCAGGACUGCGGCCAAGGCCUGGUGGUGUGGGGAGCCGGAGCUGAGCUUUGGGCUGAGGCUAGAAACACGCAGUCUGGUUCUUGCCCUCCACUUCUGUGAAGGCCCCGGACCCUACAGCCUCCAAGCCUGCCCUUGCCAGCCCAGGGCUGCCCAAAUGCCCACAUACAUCCCAGAAUAGGCACCAGGGCAGGAAACCCAAACUAACUUGAGUGACAGAGCAGGUGACUAGGGAGAAACAGGCAUCCAGCCCAGCCAGGAAAGUGAAGUAGAUAUGCAGAGACACGAUGACAGACGAACAGGGGUGCGAAAGACAGAGGCAGGUAGAGUCUGAGAGAGACAGAAAGUGAGCCCAAGGGGGAAAGUGACAAGGUGACAGAGAAGAGCAGGCAGAUACAAAUAGAGAGACUUAAGUCACUGAAUCAGAGCCACAUGAACAGGGAGUGGAUCACGGGACUGAGCUCGAAAGAACAUCGUCUGGGCGAGUCUGAGACAAAGAUAAACCGAGAAGCUCAGGAAGAGGGGGCUCCUGUUGAACCAAGCAGCUGGGACCACACCCGGGGCCGACCUGGAUCCCUCCGGAGGGUCCCAGCAGCCCACACACAGCCAUGCACUGCCCAGCCGCGCUCCUGCUCCUCCUUCUGGCUGGUGGGGCCGAGGCCUUUCGCAUCUGCGCCUUCAAUGCCCAGCGGCUGACGCUUGCCAAAGUGGCCAGGGAACAUGUGAUGGACACCUUAGUGCGGAUCCUGGCUCGCUGUGACAUCAUGGUGCUGCAGGAGGUGGUAGACUCUUCUGGAAGUGCCAUCUCCCUCCUGCUUCGAGAACUCAACCGAUUUGAUGGCUCUGGGCCCUACAGCGUCCUGAGCAGCCCCCUGCUGGGGCGCAGCACAUACAUGGAGAAGUACGUGUAUAUCUACCGGUCACACAAGACGCAGGUCCUGGAUUCCUACGUGUACAGUGACGUGGAUGACCUCUUUGCUCGGGAGCCCUUCGUGGCCCAGUUCUCUUUGCCCAGCAAGGUCCUUCCCAGGCUGGUGUUGGUCCCCCUGCACACCACUCCGAAGGCUGUAGGGGAGGAGCUGAACGCCCUGUACGACGUGUUUCUGGACGUCUCCCAGCACUGGAAGAUCAAGGACAUGAUCUUGCUCGGGGACUUCAAUGCUGACUGCACCUCGCUGCCCAAAAAGCGCCUGGGUGAGCUGAUGCUGAGAACUCAGGCCGGCUUCUACUGGGCGAUUGCCGAUGGGGAGGACACCACUGUGCGAGACACCACUCACUGUGCCUACGACCGAAUAGUGCUCCACGGGGAGCGCUGUCAGAGUCUGCUGCAUACCGCAUCCACCUUCAACUUCCCCAGGCACUUCCGGCUCACUGAGGAGGAGGCCCUCAACAUCAGUGACCACUACCCUGUGGAGGUGGAGCUGAAGCUGAGCCAGGCAGCUCACAAGAUCCAGCCCCUCGGUCUGAUUACUUUGCUGCUGCCACUCCUGCCCCUCCAGCUGGGCCCCGUGGCCUGAAUCCCAACCCCCACUCACUGACUGCUGCCCACAGAUGUGAUGACUGCACUGCCUUCAGGACUGAAACCCUGGCCUCGGUCCCGAAGUAACUCCAUCUCUCCACCCCCAGCCCUGCCCUAUUGGACUGCAGCCCUCUGCCUUUGCUUUGGCUCGUGUUCUUUGGUUGGGCCUGUGCCUCGCAUUUGAAUGUGGAAGUGGAGGGCCCCAAGCCCUAAGGAUGGAGCCAUGGUACUCUCCCCGGCACACACACACACCGCCCCCGCAGUGUCAGAGGUGGGGACUAAGCAGGCUCCAGAGCUGGGGGAGGGGAAGGCUCAGGAGGCAGUGAUCUUGGCUAAACGGCAGGGCUUAGAAAAGGGAAUCACAUAAAAAAAGGGAAUCACAACAGAUAAAAUUAUUUCACAUGAAAAGGAAACACCUACACACCGAAAACAAAAAGCUAUAUUGCAGGGACAGUACAUGUCUAACAUGUCAAAGGGCCACCUAUACUGCACACAGGAUUCACAUAAAUUGACAUAUAGACUAGUAGACCCGAGGGUGGAGAUAAAACAGCUCACACACUACUGAAACAUUUAAGCUAAUUUGUAAUUCAAUGACAAAAGCUCUGAUGCCUAUGGUAAAUAAAGCCCACGUUUCUGCCCACUGUUA